UGUGAUCAAAAUCACACAACCAUCUAAAAACAUUGGAAAUAGUUGUUCUAGAUCUGUUGAAAAAUCUGUAGGGUAAACAAGAUCCUACCAUCGAGAGAAAGGCUAUAAAAUAUUCUUAUCAAUUGGUUGGAUCUAAUUAUAAGAUUUCGCAGCUGUCCUGCAGUAUCUACUGGUACUAAUAGUAAUACAGAGGUAUUUAUUUGAUUUAAUUUGAUUUAGCAUAUUGGGUACAUAGGUAGAUUUCAGGCUGAUGUAGUAAUUUAGUUUUUUUUUAUUCCAGGUAAUGACCGAAGCGCUGGUAGCAAAAUCGCUGAGAGGACCAUGGCCUUAUUGAACUCCUGGGAUUGUGCUGACUCUAUUGUCAAUAUGGUUUUUGAUACAACCGCCAGCAACACUGGCCAUGUGACUGGGGCUUGUGUCUCUAUUCAACAAGAACUUGGACGUGCAUUGCUUUGGUCAGCUUGUCGGCACCAUGUAGGCGAAACCAUUAUCCGACACGUCUUCGACGACCUCAAGAUUGAGGUUUCGAAAUCGCCUGAUGUCACAGUCUUCUCGCGAUUCCGUAAGAACUUUGAACUGGCACCACACAGUGGUAACAUUAAACUUUCAAAAUUCGAUAUGUCCGCCUAUGGUGAAUCUGCGCAAGAUCUUAUCCAGGACUGGCGAGCGGACAGUCUGGCGACAGCAAGCUCAAACUUACAAUUCCAACGAGACGACUAUCACGAAUUCAGUGAACUAUGCCAGUUGUUUUUACUUGCUGAUGAGCGAAGCGAUGAGCAAACCAAGACUGACUUUAGUUUCAAACGGCCUGGGGCUGUACACAAAGCACGUUGGAUGGCUAAAGUUAUCUACGCCCUGAAAAUCUCAUUACUGGAGACCGAAAUCGAAGCUCUACCAGCUGGAACCAUAACCACACACCAACAAGUUCCCAAAAUAAGGGAAUUUGUCAAUUUCGUCUCUUUGAUAUACUUCAGGUGGUGGUCAACCUGCUCAUCAGCUCUUGAUGCUCCUUGGAACGACCUGCAGUUGUUCAAACGGAUGAUUCUGUAUGCAGCAGUUAACCCUCACAUUUCACAAAGUUCCCUCACCGCUUUCAAACGUCAUAUGUGGUAUUUGACUCCGGAAAUGGUUCCGCUGGCUUUAUUCAGUGAUUCUGUACCAAACAAUGAACGCCAGGGACUUGCCGAACGACUGUUGACUUUAAAACCAGAUGAUACUGACUCGUUGCCCAGAAAUCGCUUUGGGACUGGUUUCGGAAAGCCCAAAUUCCCGGAGGACAUAAAUGAAAACACUACAUUGGCAGACAUUGUUACAGAAGAUUCGUGGUAUAUCUUCAAAUUACUGGAUUUGAAUCCUGACUUUCUUUCAAAAGGUGUUGAUGACUGGGAGACCUCUGACUCGUACAUCACUUCGAAGUCCCAUGUCAGUUCUAUCAAUGUCACCAAUGACUGUGCUGAAAGAGCUGUAAAACUCAGUGCGGACUAUGCAAGCGCAGCAAGGAAAGAGGACAAUUAUCAAAACAUCCUCCACGUUGUGGAGUCUGACAGAAAGUGCACGCCGAACCUAAGAAACCCAAAAAAGAAAAGACUUUAAGCAUAGCAUUUGUGAUCAACAAUAAUAACCUGAUAAUAACUGUUCUUUCUCUUUUACGGUUAUCAUUGCAUAGUUUUUCCUUGUGAAAUGUUCUUAAUAUCCAGUAUAUGCUUGGAAUAAAAUAUUUUUGACCUUU